GAUACAGUAGGUGGCGGUAUGCACCUGAUAAGUUAUGGUUGCAAUCCGCCAUAAAACUAAGAAGAAGAAGAAGAGUCGCGUUCAGAGAAACGGCAGCAGAAAAAUCAUGGAGGAAACCGCAAAAAAGGAGAAAAAGCAGUCCGAAAUCUCGGAGGAGAAGGACAAACAACCGGCGGGGAAAGACAAGGAGAAGAAAGAGGAUCAGGAGCUGUCAGAGGAGGACAAACUGCUUCAGGAGGAGUUGGAGAUGCUCGUGGAAAGACUCGGUGAGAAGGACACGUCUCUGUACCGUCCUGCUCUGGAAGAACUGCGGCGUCAGAUUCGCUCCUCCACGACCUCCAUGACCUCGGUGCCCAAACCGCUCAAGUUCCUGCGACCGCAUUACGCCAAACUCAAGGACAUCUACCAGAACAUGGCUCCAGGAGAGAACAAGCAGUUCUGCGCAGACGUGGUGUCUGUUCUCGCCAUGACCAUGAGCAGCGAGCGAGAGUGUCUGAAAUACCGUCUGCUGGGCUCACAGGAGGAGCUCGCCUCAUGGGGACACGAAUACGUCAGGCAUCUGGCGGGAGAGGUGGCUAAGGAAUGGCAGGAGAUCGAGGAAGGCGAUAAAGCUCAACAGGAAGUGCUGCUGAAGCUGGUCAAAGAGAUCGUCCCGUAUAACAUGGCCCAUAAUGCCGAGCACGAGGCCUGUGACCUCCUUAUGGAAAUCGAGCGGCUCGACAUGCUAGACACGUACAUCGAUGAAAACGCCUACGCUAAAGUCUGCCUCUACCUGACCAGCUGUGUGAGUUACGUCCCCGAACCGGAGAACUCGGCUCUGCUGAAAUGCGCUCUCAACAUCUUCCGCAAGUUUAACCGUUACCCAGAAGCCCUCAGGCUCGCGCUGAUGCUUAAUGACGUGGAGCUGGUGGAGAACAUCUUUACUUCCUGCAAGGACAUUGUCAUUCAGAAGCAGAUGUCGUUCAUGUUGGGUCGACACGGCAUGUUCCUGGAGCUCAAUGAAGAUGUGGAGGAUUGUGAAGAUCUGACGGAGAUCAUGUCCAACGUGCAGCUCAACAGCAACUUCCUUGCACUGGCUAGAGAGCUCGACAUCAUGGAGCCGAAAGUGCCAGACGACAUUUACAAAACCCACCUGGAGAACAACCGGUUCGGCAGCAGCGGCUCACAGGUGGACUCCGCUCGCAUGAAUCUGGCCUCCUCUUUCGUCAACGGCUUCGUUAACGCCGCUUUCGGACAGGACAAGCUGCUCACGGAGGACGGAAACAAAUGGCUCUACAAGAACAAGGACCACGGCAUGCUCAGCGCGGCGGCGUCUCUGGGAAUGAUUCUGCUGUGGGACGUGGACGGCGGUCUAACGCAGAUCGAUAAAUAUCUUUAUUCGUCCGAGGACUACAUCAAGUCAGGAGCGCUGUUGGCGUGUGGCAUCGUUAACUCCGGCGUUCGUAACGAGUGUGAUCCCGCUCUGGCGCUGCUGUCUGAUUACGUCCUACACAACAGCAACAUCAUGAGGAUCGGGGCCAUUUUUGGGUUGGGUCUGGCGUACGCCGGCUCUAACAGAGAGGAUGUUCUCUCGCUGCUGCUUCCUGUCAUGGGAGACUCCAAAUCCAGCAUGGAGGUGGCAGGAGUGACGGCGCUGGCGUGUGGCAUGAUCGCUGUGGGUUCCUGUAACGGUGAUGUCACUUCCACCAUCCUGCAGACCAUCAUGGAGAAGAGCGAGCAGGAGCUCAAAGACACGUUCGCUCGAUGGCUGCCCCUCGGCCUCGGACUCAACCAUCUGGGUAAAGGUGAGGCAAUCGAGACGACUCUAGCAGCUCUUCAAGUCGUCCCCGAACCCUUCCGCAGCUUCAGCAACACAUUGGUGGACGUCUGCGCAUACGCAGGCUCCGGUAACGUGCUGAAGGUGCAGCAGCUGCAGCAUAUCUGCAGUGAACACUACGACAACAAGGACAAAGAUGACGAUAAAGACAAGAAAGACAAAAAAGACAAAGAUAAGAAGGAGACGGCUGCAGAUAUGGGCUCCCAUCAGGUGUGUGUGUUGAGUUGUGUGUUGAGUUGUGUGCGUGUGAGUGUGUGAGUGUGUGCGCAUGCGUGUGAGUGUGUGCGCGUGCGUGUGGGUGGGUGGCUUCGUUACGGUGAGCCCACGUUAAGGAGGGCGGUGCCGUUAGCGCUCGCUCUGAUCUCCGUCUCGAACCCGAGGCUGAACAUCCUGGACACGCUCAGCAAGUUCUCACACGACGCCGACCCCGAAGUGUCACACAACGCCAUCUUUGCCAUGGGGAUGGUGGGCAGCGGCACUAAUAACGCGCGCCUGGCGGCGAUGCUCAGGCAGCUGGCGCAGUAUCACGCCAAAGACCCCAACAACCUCUUCAUGGUCCGACUCGCACAGGGUCUCACUCAUCUGGGGAAAGGCACGCUGACGCUCUGCCCGUAUCACAGCGACCGUCAGCUCAUGAGUCAGGUGGCUGUAGCCGGACUCCUCACGGUCCUCGUGUCCUUCCUAGACGUCAAGAACAUAAUCCUGGGGAAGUCUCAUUACGUUCUGUAUGGUUUGGUGGCGGCGAUGCAGCCUCGUAUGCUGGUCACAUUCGACGAGGAGCUCAGACCGCUGCCGGUGUCUGUGCGAGUGGGACAGGCUGUAGAUGUGGUGGGUCAGGCCGGGAAACCCAAAGCCAUCACAGGCUUCCAGACUCACACCACACCGGUGCUGCUGGCUCACGGCGAGAGAGCGGAGCUGGCCACAGAGGAGUACAUCCCCGUCACAGCCAUCCUGGAGGGCUUCGUCAUCCUGCGCAGAAACCCCAGCUACGACGCUUAGACGGGCCUCUGCUAUAUUGACAGCAGCUCGUCCUCCGCUGCCGCCUCCUCUCCUCGAUUGUAAUUAGAGCAUGAGUGUGAGUUUAUCAUCCUGAUAAACCGUUUUGCUUCUUUUUGUUACUUGUUCUGUAAAAGGUUGAGAUACAUAAAAAAUAAAAGAAUUGUGGUCAAA